AUAACACCUUCUUCAUAGUUCAUCAUACCUACCUUCACUCAUCUUCAUAAUAGUAUCUGUUUUUGUUUUACUGAACUGGCUAACUCUCAGUUAACUCUGGAGGAAACAACAAACAAAGGGGUGGUGCUCGCCCUGUAUGAAGCCUUGAGCUCACACGACGUCGUUCAGGUCCAGAAACUCCUGGCCUCCGACCUUGAGUGGUGGUUCCAUGGUCCUCCUUCUCAUCAAUUUUUGAUGCAAAUACUCACCGGUACUGCUAAAUUCGAUAACGCCUCUUUUCAAUUUCUUCAUAAAACCAUUGACGUAUUCGGCUCCGUGGUUCUCGUGGAAGGCUGUGACCCGACCCGAUCUAUUACUUGGGUUCACGCCUGGACUGUUACGGAUGGGGUAAUUACCCAGGUUAGGGAGUAUUUCAAUACCUCACUUACUGUAACCCGUUUUCGGAAGAAAAACCAAUCCGAUAUUUCCUCUAUUACGCCUCUGCAUUGUCCCUCUGUUUGGGAGAGUAGCUUACCUAAUCGGGUCGGUAAAUCUGUUCCGGGUCUUGUAUUGGCUCUAUAAGAAAAUUGUGCUGCCGUUUCUCUUGUGUCUGAUAGGAUGUAAGAUUAACACGGCUGGUUUGAGAUUCUGUUGCCGUUUGGUUUGAUUUUUUUGUUAAGUUGGGAUUUGUGUUUGUUUAAUUAUGAUUGAGUUAAGGAAGGGGCCAAUGAUAAUUGGGUAUACCUUCCGAUUGUUGUCUAAUUAUGUAAUGGUUUGCAAUAAAAAGCUUUGUGAUUGGCUGUUUACAAAAUG